AUGGCCGACGAGCAGGAGUUUGUGCAGCCGGCGGUAUUCUCGGCACGAGACAUCAACUUAGAUGACAUCGAAGGAGACUCUUUUCAAGGCAUCGUGGUGCUUAUCGGGUGGCUAGGGUGCCGAAAGGAGCAUCUGCAGAAGUACGCCAACUGGUGGCACAAGCAAGGGUGGGAGCCAUUCUUGGUGCUCUACCCAGUCAUCAGGCUCUUGUCGACCUCUUUUGCUGAGUACGUCACGGGAGGCCUCAUCAAAAAGCUGCUUCACCGGCACGCCGAGCUGGUUGGGGCGGGGAAGAGCAACCGGCUGGUGUUUCACACCUUCUCAAACACCGGCUGGGUGUCUUUUGGAGGCAUCCUGGAGUCCUAUGGGGAUGCUCUGCUCCCCCACAUCUGCGGAGCUGUCAUUGACUCAGCCCCCCAGCCCGCUGUAUCGCACACAGUGUUGGCCGCCGGCUCAUUCUCAGCGCUCUUCCCGCGCAGCAGAUACAACAAGAACGACCCCCGGGUCUUUGUCAUCAAGAACUUCCUCAAGAUGGUGGUUCAAGGGGAUAAGAAGCGCCGUCUGAAAGGAGUAGCGAGGCUUCUCUACUGCCUGUCCGAUUUCCCACAGCUCUACAUCUACUCCACUUCAGACCACGUCAUCCCCAGCACCGCUGUCAAGGCCUGGAUCCAGGGGCAGGAGAGCCUGGGCAGGAGGAUUUCGGAGCUGCAGUUUGAGAGGUCCCCGCAUGUGCAGCACAUGCGGCACCACCGGGACCUGUACUGCAGCGCGCUCACCACUUUCCUGGGCGAGCUGCAGCUGCCCAGAGAGAAGCUGGAACAGGCACGUUAUCCUGCAACAUUCCUGCUCUACAAUAUCAAGUGCCUUUCUCAAAAUUUCAGUAUCAGAGCCGGACAGGGAAAGCUGAUGCAGCUGCAGCAGCACUUCCCCCCCUCCCUCAUAAGGAGCAGUAGCCGGAAGGUCCGCAGCACGGGCGAUCUGGUGGGCCUGGAUGGGGAGUUUUCUCCCAUGGGGGUCCCCAGAGGCAUGGCAGAGGCCAUUGCGCCGCUGUUCCCUGAGGACUUGAGUGAGGGGGAGGAGGUGGCAGGCAGCAGCGGCUUAUCAGACAACGAGGCCGGCCUUCAUGCAGCCCUGAGCCUGACUGCAGAAACUUUGGACAACGGGUGGGAAGAUGAGUCUGUGGACUCAGACUGCACCUUAUUCGAAGAUGCCAAGAGCGAGGCCAGCGUGCCACUUCACAGCGUGGCCUGA